AUGAAUGCGGAAGAGGUUGGUGGUAAUGAGGUUCAGGAGGAACAUUUGCCUGAAGGAGAACCAGGGUUUGACUUGAGCGCGGAUGAUAUUUUGAACCAAGUUUGGAAAAGUGUGGAAGAUGCGUAUGAGUUUUAUCGAAGGUAUGGAAGAGUCAACAGAUUUGGGGUACGGAAAGGGGACUCAGGUAAAGAUAGCCACAGUAAUGUUGUGAGAUAUCAAUUUUUUUGUAACAAGGAAGGAUUGAGGGAAAUCAAGCACUAUAACAGGAUUGAUAGGCAGCGGGGACACAAACCAGAAACACGGACUGGCUGCAAAGCAAUGCUAUCAAUAUACUUGGAGAAGAGUGAGCAGAAAUGGAAGGUUAGGAAGGUAGUACUGGAUCACAACCAUGACCUAGCACCUGUUGGGAUGUCUUACCUGAUUCGCAGUCAUCGCAAAAUGACGGACGCGGCAAAGGCUCACAUUGACGGGAUGCAUGCGUAUGGAAUUGGGACGUCGAAAAUCUUGGGUCACAUGGCUGGUAUGUCAGGUGGAUACUCUUUGUUGGGAUUUUUGAAAAAGGAUGCGUACAACUACGCGGACAAGAUGAGGCGGUCACGAAUAGCUGAUGGUGAUGCGAAUGCAACGUUGGUUUACCUUGAGGGAAAGGCUGUUGUUGACCCUAUGUAUGUUGCACGCUACAACCUCACAAAAGAUGAAAGGCUUGGUAACAUGGUUUGGGCUGAUGGGAAUAGCCGGUCUGAUUUUCAGUGUUUUGGAGAUGUCUUAGCGUUUGACUCCACUUAUAGGAAAAAUAGAUACAAACGUCCAGUAGUGAUUUUUUCAGGCUCAAACAACCAUAAGCAAACUACUAUUUUUGGUUUUGGGUUGUUGAUUGAUGAAACUGUAUCGUCGUAUACGUGGAUGUUACAGAAUUUGCUAGAGGUUAUGUGCCAAAAGAAACCUUGUGUAGUUGUUACUGACGGGGACAAAGCAAUGAUAAAAGCUGUGAAGUCGGUUUUACCUGAGGCAACCCAUCAUUUGUGUGCGUGGCAUGUGGAAAAAAAUGUGACAUCAAAUGUAAAAGACGAACGCCUCCGCAGUUUGUUCAAGCGUUGGUUGUACAUGGACAUGGAGGUUAAUGAAUUCAAAGAGGAUUGGGCUGCAGCAAUUGAGGAGUUUGGGCUGCAUGACAGUAGUUGGGCAAGGCACAUGCAUGAGAAGCGAAAGCUAUGGGUAAAGGCGUAUUUACGUGACAAGUUUUGCGCCAGAUUCCAGACUACGUCGCGAUGUGAGGGAAUAAAUGCUGUGGUUAACAAGUUUUCGAAGUCAAGCCAUACUAUCCUCGAGUUAGUGCAAAAUCUAGAGCUAGUCGUCCAUGAAUAUCGGAACAAAGAGAUGUUGCUACAAUUUAACUCCAUUUACACCAAUCCGGUUAUGACCACAUGUUUGAGGUCAAUAGAGAUAGCUGCUGCUAGUGUUUAUACUCGAGAGUUGUUCGCAUAUGUUAGGAAAGAGAUUGAAGGAGCUGGAGCAGUUAAUCUACUUACGAAAAAACGGUGCUUGAAUACAACCGUUUAUUAUCUAGAGGAAUAUGAGAAACCUGAUGUUCAGGUAAUGGCCGCCUUCGGGAGAAGUACUGGAAAACUCGACUGUCAAUGCUUUUUUUGGGAAAAGAACGGGUACCCAUGCAGGCAUAUGUUCUUUAUGAUGAAAGCAGCGCAUCUGCAGGAAAUACCUGAAAGAUUGGUCCUGCGACGAUGGAGAAAAGAUGCCAAAGAUAUAGAUCAAUAUGGAUAUGAACGGGACACAAGGGGGACGAAGAAGGUGGUACGGGAUCCCAAGGUUGCGAACCCUAAGGGCGCCCCUCGACUGGCCAAACAAAGGCAAUUAGGCAAGAGAAGGCGAUGUGCUAACUGCAAGCACGUAAGCCAUACGAAAAGAAAAUGUCCCCAGGAUAGGGGGAAGAAGUCGUCAGCAGCUAACGAUGCGGACCAGCACGGUGUGGCCGGAGCAGAAUGCCAAGAUGAUUCAUCUAGGAUGACACCUGCGAGUUUCAAGAGGGAACCUGGCCAUGGAAAUGCUGGAAAUUAUGCACGGAACCUAGAUGACUUAAGGAGACAGUUCGCUGAUUCGACCUCCGGCAACUACGUAGGAAACAAUGCGAAGGCAGGAUGCACCUUCAAUGACGAUUGGGCAAACGAGGUUAGGAUGCCUGCAUGUGUAUAUGUAUCAUCGUUAAAAGCUUGCGAUGAUCCAAGUAUUUAG